AUGGCGAGGAACUCGCGGCAAGGUUACAAGGGACCUAUCCCCGCCUGUCGGCGGAAGUCACGCGCCGCAGACGACACACGGAGCGGUUAUUCUUUCUUCGUUAACGUGCGACGGAAAAAAUCAGAUCUGACAGAACGACAAAAAAACGCAUUCCAGUUGGCUGACCCCUCGCUCGCGGACGCGCGUAAGUUCUACUCGCUCUACGACCACGUGUUGGACUACGCCGAGCUCACGUGCGACUCCAGCCUGCUCUACAAGCUGCUCACGUUCUUCGAGUCGGACUUUGAGCGUAAGUCGAAGAUGCACAAGCGGCACGUCGACACGCCGCGGGGAGUGCUCGGCGAGCUCACCCCGUUCCACUACCUCCUCGUCUGCCGGUAGCUGACGUACGAG